CGUUAGGGAGGAGGAGAGAAAAAAUCUGCGAGUCUGACCAAUAAGGCGGAUAUUGCAGUUUUACCUUUUGCACAUGUCGGAUGUCGUCAUUGGGAAACCACUAUCGCACUGCCUCACAUCGCAUCCCUGUGAAAAAAAUGGAUAAGCACAGACUGGGAGUCCGGACUGAUCCGGCAACAUCAAAAUUAAAGCAACUUGAUGGAGAAAACUAGAGGAGUCCCUUUAAGAUGACACGCACAGACCCGCCUGACAUACUGGUAUCAACUGUGCAUCGAAAUAUAAAAGUGGUCCCAAUUUCUUCACACUACAAGUCGUUGCAACCCUCCAAACAAUGUGAUUAUAUAAAUUACAGCACAGUGGAUGACAGUAAGAGCAAAGUCAAUAAGAGGCACUGCCGUACCUUUGACUAUAAGUCAUUGGAGUACCCCAAAUCACACAAAUACUCAAUGGAGUCUCCAUACAGGAAGGCUGAUAGGCAUGCAGCCAAUCCAGAUGUUGCCUGGAAUGCCUUGGGCCGACAGCAGAGAUACCGCUUUUCUGCUCCGGACAUUUUCAGCCAUAGGUUAACUCCUCAACCAAUGGCUGCAGAAAUGGCCAGUGAGGUAGUUGUCCCUGAACAAAAAAGAAGGACCAGGUCAAAAAGUGCCCCUCGGGUCCAGACCAGUCUCACUCCUGUGUCUUUUGAAGGAUCUUCAUCUUCGGGAAGAAAGGGCAGGGAGUCCCAAAGGGCUCCAAAAGACUCUCACUGGAGACCAGAAGUAUCACCGCGUAGGGAGUCUUCCUAUGCAGCCACUAGGGCUCAUAUGCAUGAAGUCCAUCCCAUUAAGUUGCAGCCUCAAAUGAGUGACAACACAAAAUAUUCACCUAACUACGCUGCUGAUAAUUUUGAGGAUGGAGGGCUGGAUAAACCAGCAACUAGUCCUCAUGUCAGGUGUCGGGUGGACAUCAAACCCGAUAACGCUGCAUUACAUCAUUCGGGACGGAAACAGGCUACACCUCAAGUGGACAUACCCUGGCAGAGGCACCACAGUGGGGGGAGUAGGAGUCUGACUGUGCCACGUCAUUUCUCCUACUCUAGAACACCAACUCCGACUGAUUCAUUAGGUACAGAGAGUAGGCAAGCUUAUCAAUAUUCCCGCAGCAUGCCAAAUAGUUACUUACAACCAAUGGAGAUUCCCUUGCAAAGAAUGCCAUCAAGUGAUUACUAUGGUAGGGAACGAAGAGCUCAUUCCAGUCCUAAUGUGCCAACCAAGUUCUUUUAUGCAGAUGAUCCAGGGAGAUAUGUUACUACUGCUCCUCCUCAACCAAGUUCUUUCUUUCAUGAUGAACGUUACACACCAGGACAAACAUAUACUCCAAAAGUGCAAUAUGUGCAAGAUCCAAGGACUCGAAUGGUGCAUGCUGUAGCUACAAGACCCUCUUAUCCCGAGAUGGAGACCUAUCCAUACUCUGUACAGGCAGGGUAUCCCAAACCAUAUGCAGCAAAUGAACCAGGGCCAUACAUUAUACAGACACCUCCAACAAGAAUAUGUUAUGGGGAUGAUCCAAGGUAUUAUCAAAUACAGACUGCUCCGCCAAGGUUUUAUUAUUCCAGCGACAUGUAUGCAAUGCCACCAGAGCAUCAUAUCCCAGCAAGGGCGUAUUACACAGAGGGUCGAAGACAUGCUAAAGUCAUUCAGGCACAAACAGAUGACUGGUAUGGCUCAGACGCAUCUGGUUAUUCCACCAAUCCUGCCUCAUAUGUAUCUCAAGUCACUCCAACCAGAGUUCGUCAAGAGCCUGUGUUUACACCCUGGUAUGCCAACCCAUGUGUAGAACUUCAAAGAAUUGGCACAGAUUCCAAAUCGUACUCAAGGUCCUGGGACAAUAUUCUUAACUCUCGUGUAGAGAAGGAACAACCUCUACCUGUACAGCGGGGUCAGAGCUAUGAUGAUCUUCUUGAGUCCAGGAAGCCUGCAGCAGCCACAGGUGACAAACCACAACCAGUGGUAGUCAAUCUCUCCAGCUCACCAAGACGCUAUGCAGCCUUAUCAAUGUCUGAUAACUCAUUAAUUGACAAAAGCCCAACAGAGACAUCAAAGAGCACUACUAGUAAACUCUGGUUUGUCACACCUGAGAUAACAAUCACUGAUAAUGACAUUCGACCAGGAAAACUUAAUAAGGCUGAAGGACGUUCUGCCAGUUGGGACAUUCUUGACACCAGAAGCACUGAGGGUCAAGAACUGUCUCAACAUGACUUUCGCAGCUCAACCAAAGAGAAGACACGUGACAACUCUUCAUUACAGCAAAGCCUUGAACAACUUGAUGAGCUUCUGGCAGAUCUUGUCACUGAUUACAAGCCACCCAGUAGAAGGGCAAGUGAGGACAUUCUGGAUCAACUAAAGAAGUUAAUUGAUGAGGAAGAAGCAGUAUCUCUGUCCAGAAAGAGCUCAAAGGCAGGUAUAGAGGAACCAGCACCUCUUGACAAGCAGCCAACCUCAAUAAGAAUGAAUCCUGAUGCUUUUCGAGACAUGGACGGGGCCAGUGAUGCAAUGAAGAGUGCAGAUGAGUGCUCCCCAGAUCAGAGCCCAGAUGAGGAUGAUACAAUGAUGUGCUCUAACAACAAAUGCCGGAGGACAGAGACCCUGUUCAAUGCUUGCCUAUAUUUUAAAUCCUGCCACAGCUGCUACACCUACUACUGCUCCCGUAACUGUCGGAGGGAGGACUGGGACAUUCAUAAAGAAAGCUGCCUUUAUGGAAGAAUUGGCAGCACAUGCCGGCACAUCAUCAAACACUGCCGGGAGACUGUUGAAGUCCACAAAGCCUUCUCCCGUAUUGCCAAAGUUGGCUACCUUUCUCGAGGUAGAGGAGUUCUCUUCCUUGGUUUUCCAAACCCUGCAUCAUCCAGUAACUUCCUGCAGUAUGGCUUGGAUAGUCUACUUAUGUCUCCGACAUACCUGUCCCUCAGAGAGCUUGAAAGCUUCAAGGACAAUCUGGGGGAGUACUGUAAAGAGCUGCAGGAAGCUGGUAAAGAGUACGACCCAAACGAAUGUUUCAUCUUGAAUGUAUCCAUUGCUGUUGGUGAGCAAUUGCCUGAUGGGCCAUCACCAAGGAACCAAGCUCCAACUGUCAGAAAAUAUGCAAAGGUAGCACUCGCUUCCUUCAGCCCUGAGAGAAAGGUUCACAAGAAAGAGAGUGACAUGGAAACGCUGAUCCUCACACCACCCCCGGGAACAGCAGAUAUCGACAAAGAGGGAGAGGAAGGCAGGAAGGCCAGGGAAAUCUGUUUUAUUAAUAUACAACGGGAGUUAAGGAUUCGAGGGGUUUUCCUACGCCAUGAAUACCCACAGGUGUAUCAGCAGCUCUGUGAGUUUGUGGAAAGUAAUAGAAGGUUCAUACCUACAACUAUUUAUCCUAUUGAUAAGAGGACCGGUAAACAGUUUAUGUGCAUGAUUAUGGCUGCCUCCGAGCCCAGGACGUUGGACUGGGUAGGCACCCCACAUCUCCUUGAUGACAUUAUUUAAGUGCACCUUUUGUUGUAAAUAUAUAUGUAUAGAAAUACAUAUAUAUUGUUACACAUAUUUAUAUAUCAAUCCAAUUACAAACAUUUGUAGAUAAGUAUUUUGUUAAAAAUAUAUAAUAAGAAUAACGCUUGGCCAGUAUUAUUCUUUUUCAGAAUAUUCCUGUCAGGUGCAGAAUGAGUACAGUGCAUUAUUUAUUUUAAUCUUUUUAACAAGUACAUACUUUUUAUCCACCCCGAGCCAUUUAUCUGUAUUCUGGUCAUUUACUGUUAUAAAACAUUCAAACAUUCUGAUAAACUGAUAUUCUGGUAUUAGAUUUUUUGUAGUUUUUUUUGUAAUUAUCAGCAACAACUGUUAUGUUUUUUGAAAACUAGUGAGUACAUCUAAUUUUAAUGGUAUAUCAGGCAGAAAAUAUUAAACAUUAUUUUCUUAGCUACUUGAAUACUUUCUAUGCAAAGUUGCUUCUUGAGUUAAGUACCACAAGUUAAGUUGUUUAUAUUAUAUUAUAUCAUAUUAUACACAUCUGUAAAGAAAGUUUAUAUUAAUAUUGAGAUAAAUUAUUGAAAUAUGUGGUGGCAACAAAAAUCCUCGACAGGAAAAAUAAUGAAAACUGAAAAAGUUGUGCUACUUGAAACAUCUACAGAAAAACAAGCACAACAUUUAUUGUUUCUUAUGUAGGAAGGAUAUAGUUGACGUGGAUGUACUUAUCGUUAAUGUUUUCCUCUUCAAGUCUACUUUGGAGAAAGGCUAAAUUCAGAAGUUCUUUAAUUCUGCUCUGCAGAAUUGCUGGAGCACUACUGGACUUGAAAGCAACAAUUGAUGUUGAAAUGGUGCCAGUUACUAGCCACGCAGUAGAUGUUGGCCUGUUGGCCUGGUUCAGUUUUAAACACUGUGAAUAGUGAGAGUUACCUUCUACAAAAACAAAACUUGCUAUAAUACCAAGAAAUCAUGCAAUUUCCUAUAACACUUAAGUUGAAAAGUUGUAUUUUUAGAUAUGUUUAAAAAUAAAAAUGUAUGAAUUAGCAGCAGGAUUUAUUGUCCUUAGAACAAGGUGAGCCAGAUUUGGCACAGUAGCUAUAUGGUACAUAAAUGCUUGAAGAAGACAUUAGUUGUGUAUUUGUGCUGCACUAGGUUUAUUACAUGUGUGAUUUAUAUUGUCUGUUUUGAUUUUAGCAAAACAGAACCAUUGUAUUGCUCAUUGGUUGCAGAGGUUUUAGAAAGAAUCAAUGCAACUUAGCUAUGUUGCAUCAUCUCUCCAAAUACAGUACAUUUCUUUAUUUUGUUUUUGUAGUGUCCUAAAUCCCAAAUUUCCUGCCAGCAUAUUGAUGAUGAUUUGAAACUUACAAACCUAGUCUCACUGGAACUUUAUGUAUGUUUGAAAUACAAUGCUAAUAUCCGAACUACUUAAAAAUGGUUUGACUGACUCCAUUUAACAACUGACUCAACAUAUCUUAAAGACGUGAAGGAGCAUUCAUCAAUCGGUCCUCAGUAAAGGUUGAAUAAGAAGUUUUCUCCCAGUCAAUCAUUGUUUUCCAUACAAACCUUUUCCCUGUGACAUCAGCUUUCCUUAAAGUUUGUAAGAAUGAACAGUGGAACUUGAAUCACAUUUAUAUAUUUGAAACUCUGUUUCACUGAGUUAUACUUGUUUGGCUGAAAAGUUGCUGGCUGCAUGUGACUGUUUUCUAUGCUGUGAUCUCAUUUUAACAUGAUGUUGAUGAUAGCAACUUGCUUGAUGAAUGGUCUUGUGAAAGUGAAAACUACUAUGCUGUGUAAAAAAUAAAGAAUUUUCCAUUUUUGUCAGUCAUUCAAGUUUAAAAACAUGUCAAAGACAAUGAAGAAGAGACCUCACUAAAAUGUUCAGAUAAUCCUGUUAUCUUGUAUUUUUUAUACAUUCAACAUAUGUGUCAUAUGAGUGUGUCUAUUUAUAAACCAUAUCUAAUAAAUGAAAUGGGAACUCUG